AUGGCGUUAGGUACGCGAAAAACUGUGCGCAAUGUGCAUCAAGAAUGGAUGCCUGCAAGUGAAUCGAUGAUGAAGGUUGAUAAGGGCGACAAUGUUGAGGAGAAGAAAGUUCGUGAAGUGGUGGAAUCGGAAUGGAGGCGAUUUAGCAUUGAUCUUGUACCGAAGGUGCUAUUAGCUCGUGGGUCCAUGGUACAAACAUUGUGUGAUUCCGAAGUAGCCAAAUAUGCCGAGUUCAAGUGUGUCGAUCGAUUCCUUUCUGAUUUCGUGACGACAAGAGCGAAAAAUUGUCCUUACGUCGGCGCGUCGUUUGCCAUGUAG